UUAAAGAUUCGGGCACGAAGACCCCAUUCAUUGCUGAAGCUUGUAUCUUGCGGAAAGUGUCUCUCUUUCAGGUCGCCAAGGUAAAUGACUGUAACGGCUAUUGAGGCUUCCCUGUGCAUCUGUUAGUUUGAUUAAUGAUGCGUUAUUAUUUAGCAAUGUAUGUAAGUAUUAAUUACUUACUAACUUUUGUUUUUUCUUUUUAAUUUUUUUAUAGAUUCAUAUGUUAAUUGAAGCACAAGUUUAGCUUGAAGACUACAAAUUUAGCUCAAUUGUGGUGAUUACAUCUCAUGGCGGACGAUCAGGACCGUGUUUGUGUCGAGGAUGUAGAGGAUGAUGAUGAUGACUUCUCUAGGGAUGGUGAUGAGCUGUAUGAUGUGAACAAGGAGCCUGAUUUGGGUGAGGCAGAAGAUCAGGCUCAGGAUGAGUUGGAGCGUAGGCUGGAUGCAUUUGAAAUGGAGGCUGAACAAGCGCCUCCUAUUGAAAAUGCAGUUUCUGAGACGGUUGGUGAGAACGCUACUUCCCACAAUCAAAGCCAAGGACAAAGUGGAGGAGGGGUGAGGGCACCGGCUAAGAAAAAGGUGAGGGGUCCUACAACAAGUUUCAAGAAACCCGUCGGUCCCAUGGUCCUGGAGUACGACAAGGCGGGCCAACGUGUAGGAAAAUUCUGUCGUCCAUAUGCUAUUCACGUUGGCAUUUGUGCGCGUAAAAUCCCGAUUACACUUCGUAUGCGGGAAGUACCUCCACACUUGAUUGACACAUUUUGGAAUGAUACAAGGAGUCUGUUUAAUAUUUCUAAUGAUGCCGCCAAGCGAAGGGUGUUUGAAUCUUUGCUAGCGGAAAGAUUCAGAGGCUUUAAGAGCGAAUUAGUUCGUUGUUGGAUUACAAAUAGGAAGAAAAAACCAAAGAAGAAGAAAGGCAAUGAUGAUGAAGUCAUCAAUGAAGAGCUACUCCCAUGGCAAAAAUGGCCAAACAUAUCGAAGGAUGAUUGGGAAGCUUUUGUUAUUCAACAAAGUACAAAGGAAGCAAUUGAACUGAGGGAGCAAAAUUCCAAAAAUGCAAAGAUGAAGCAAUACACCCAACGUAUGGGGUGUAAGACAUUUGGUGAAUGGAGGGAAACGUGGGUCAACGAAGGAGUAUAUCCCACUUCGCUACUAGGGUCGUCCAAAGGACCCUCUUCUUCCACGAUCACUACGCUGGUGAGUCGUGCUGGUGAUUUCUUCUGUUCACUGCAUGCGCGUGACAAGGAGACCGGAAAAUGGGCCAUCAAGGCUCCGGAAACCAAAGAAAUGGCUGAUAAGCUCAUUGAACACACUGAAGAACUGGUUGAAGGCAAGCUCGUCCCAAGUGUAGAAAAAGACCCUUUCACCUUGGCUUUGGGAAAGCCCUACCAUCCAGGACGGGUAGUAGGUGCAGGAGGGUCAUUGCUAGGGUGGGAAAAGGUGAUGGGUCCAGAGUAUACCAAAUCAGGAAGAUCCUGAGCAAGUGUGAACUCACCUCAUGACUUGGUUUCCACGGUGGCAUCGAUUAAGGAACAAGUCCGCAACGAGCUCGUAAGUGAAUUU